GCCGGUCAUUGCUUUGAUACCCACACAAUAACCUGCCCUCCGGAUUCGCGCGCGCGUUGGUGUCUUGUGUCAGCCACACGUCUUUCUUCGCAGCUUUCUGCUCCUCUCUCUCUCUGCUUGGCCUGGAAGUUUCAGCCCAAACACCGAGAAAAUCACCCGACGAAAAAUCCUUUACAGGUACAAAACACACCUCGAUUUUAGCUUCUACCUCCAGGUGCAUUGUGUUGGUUACUUGAAACGAUGGACUUCUGGUUUAAGGGAAUUAAUGAGGACACGUCUGAGUGUUCCUUUAAUGAGAGGGACAUUCAGAGAUGUCCAUUUCUUAGGAACAUCAACAAGCCCACAAACUUCUCAUUCUCUUCACUGAAUUUUCCCAUUCCUGGAGCAAGAGGUCCAAUAUUUGAAGAUGCUCCAAAUUUUGAUAUGGCGUUUAGGCUCUUUCAUGGGAAGGAUGGCAUUGUACCACUCUCGGGGAGGUCUGAUGGUCGCUGUAAUAGUCUGAAACAGGAGCCAACCCCGCAAUUUAACCCCUUAGCAGCAAAAGUUGCAACAAUCAGUCUGUCAGCAUUUGGUGGUGGAGGACCAUUCAGCUUUGGUCCCUUCUUGGAUAAAUGGAAGAACCAGAAAAAGAAAUCUGACUCAUCCAACAAGCAAGAAACCUCUUCUCAGAAUGGGGAUUCAUCAAACCAUGAUGCAUUGGGAGACGAGUGGUUACAAACUGGGAAUUGCCCAAUUGCGAAAUCCUACAGAGCAGUGAGUUGUGUCCUACCACUUGUGGCAACUGCUCUUCAACCCCCACCUGGCAUGAAGCUCAGAUGCCCCCGUGCUGUUGUUGCUGCAAGGGCUACCCUAGCACGCACCGCCCUUGUUAAAAAUUUACGCCCUCAGCCACUGCCUGCAAAGGUGUUUGUUAUUGCUCUCUUAGGCAUGGCGGCUAAUGUGCCUUUGGGUGUUUGGAAGGAGCACACUGAGAAGUUUUCACUAUCAUGGUUUGCAGCUGUGCAUGCAGCCGUGCCCUUCAUAGCCAUGUUUAGGAAGUCAGUCUUAAUACCCAAAACAGCUAUGGCUUUGACCAUCACGGCUUCAAUCCUGGGGCAGGUUAUUGGCUCAAGAGCUGAAAGGCACCGACUGAAAGCAGUGGCUGAAAGGGAGAAGAUGGCUGCUCAGACAGCAAUUGAUGUUGCUGUGGCUGGGUAUAAUGAUUUAAGCCAGGUCGAUUACCAUUGUGGUAGAGAAGUUCCAGUCAAGGCCGGCAGACCAUCAUCUUCAUCAAACAAUGUUUGUUAUUGACAUCAGCACAUUCAACUGGUAGAGUGAGACAAAAAAAAAAUGUAACAUUCGAUGUCAUAAUCUUGAGAAUACUUAUACAGUUUAUUCUAAAUGUCAUGCUGACAUGGUAAGAAAGUAACUUACCUGUUCCUAGUGUUAGCCAACUCACUUAUUGCCGGAGACGCUUUUCCUGUAAAAUAUUAAUACUAUUUCGGUAUGAAUAAUACUCUGCAGUUUCUAUCUGGAAAAAUAACCGAGACUUUAUUUAUUA